AUGGUCGGCAUGAACAUCUCCGUCUCUGCGGGCCUAUACACCUUCUCCAACCUGGGCCCCGUCACGACCACCUUCACGCCCCCUCCAGCAUGCACUGCAUCCAACCAGCUUGCGCUGGGCAGCCUCGACACCCGCACGGGCAUCUAUGUCUAUCUCUCUUCCCAAUGCACGGCCACCGUCGACUUUGAGGACUGCACCCCCACCACGACCUCUGAGCCCACCACCACCGGCGAGCCCGUUUACGGUGGUGGCACCGACUGGAUUGAAUACGACGGCUACGGCGUAUACUACUCUCCGGGUCUGUACUGUCCCAAGGGAUGGAAAACCAUUGGCAUGGCGGCUCGCGAUGCAAGCAGCGUCCUCACCUCGUCGGGCUUCUUGGUCCCGACCACAACCUCAACCAGCACCAGCACCAGCACCAGGACGGCCACCCCAACCCCGUACAGCGACUAUGACUAUGACUAUGACUACGACGAGGACUACGACUAUGACUCCUACACCACGCAGGACCCAGCGUCCGUCCUGAUGAGCGCGCUCGAGCCGAAGCAGACCAUGGCGCUCUGCUGCCCUGAACAUAUGACCGCCGACCACGACGGCGCCUGCUACUCAAUCGCCGAAACCUACACCCCAACCACGGGCUGCGAGAUCUCCACGACCUACGACUACGAAUACGGCCGCACCGUCUCGACAUACACGCGCACAUACACCUACAGCGACGACGAGGGAAGCGAGACCGAUGUCAUUACCAACGUCGGCACCUUCAAGAUGCCCACCGCGACCGCCACCCAUGUCCGCACAGUCACCACGACCUUUGAUCCCGAGGACCGCGGCUACUACACCGGGAUGUACUAUGCGCCGAUUAUCACGAUCCUGCACCACGAGAGCGAUCUCGACAAGGCGGCGGAGGAGACUGAGUCUGCGGAGGCGGAGGCGGAGGCCGCGGCGGAGGCGAGCGAGAGUCCGAGCAAUGCUGCUGGGAGACUUGGGGGGAACUCGAGGUCGGCUUGGGAGGGCGUUGGCGCUGUGAUGGGGAUCUGGGCUGUUGCGGGCGUUCUGGGGGGUGUUUUGGUCUUGCCGUGGUAG